UCUAUGCUCGAGCUUAACAGCUAGCUAGCUAAGCAGCUAACCAUGGCCCUGUUCACGUACAGCAGACUGUCUAAUUUACUAAGAAUAUCCGGAAAUAAAGUCUCCGUUAAACGAACGGGGACCGAAAUAAAACCGGGACCCGCGUGUUGUGUGCAGUUAAGUCGAUGCCAGGUAAGAUUACUCCGUGAUGACAGCAAGCCGCUGCCGGAGAGGCAGAAGCAGCAGAGGCCAGAGGACCUCCCCAGGCAAAAGCCCGUCACGGGGUCAAACAGGUCUCGUUGUGGAUCUUCGGGAAAGGCGGAUUGGGGACAGUCCACCACGGCAGUGAAUUUGGCUCUUGGAAUAUUGGCCAACGAUCCGCUGAAGGCCGUCGGUCUGUUGGACGCUGACGUCUUCGGGCCGUCCAUUCCCAAACUGAUGAACCUGAAGGGGAACCCGGAGCUCAACGACGACAACCUGAUGAUCCCUCUCGUGAACUACGGCGUUCCUUGCAUGUCGAUGGGGUUCCUGGUGGACGACGUGGCUCCGAUCGUGUGGCGGGGUCUGAUGGUGAUGUCAGCGAUAGAGAAGCUGCUCAGACAGGUGGACUGGGGGUCUCUGGACUACCUGGGUGACAUGCCUCCUGGUACAGGAGACGUCGGCUCUCCACUCCAGAACAUCCCAGUGGCAGGCAUCGUAGUGUCCACAGACCGCAGGACACGCCUGCUGGACGCUCGCCGAGGAGCCGAGAUGUUCAAGAAAGAUGUUACGUGCGUAAAUGUGUAUGUUAUCGGCCUGUGCAGAACAAUGAGCGUCUUCAGUGUCCCCUGUCACCACCAGACACAUCUUCGCUCGAGGGGCCGACAGCUCGCUGACACACUGGGAGUCAAAUUAUUAGGGGACGUUCCUCUUCAUCUGAGCAUCCGAGAGACGUCAGACAGAGGGACACCGGUGGUCGUCUCUGCUCCCGACAGCCCAGAGGCGGAGGCGUACAGGAAGGUGGCGUCCGCCGUGGUCCAGAGACUCGAGGAAGUCGGCACGUAAUUGAUGCAAACAGGGACACACACACCGCACACGGAACGCACACACACACACACAAACAGAAACGCACAAACAUUUUGCUGUCGAACGCACAAUAAAUUAAAUCUAAAGCC